AUGAGAGCCUUCGACAGCUUCCUCUUUCGACUGCUUGCCCCUCAACAAACCGACCCCUCGAACCUCAUCAAAUUCCCGGGCAUCGCAAUAAUGGCCGGUGAAGGCACGGGACGCGGCUUCCGAGACAUUACGUUUCAUCUCAUCGCGCUGCUUGUCAUUGCGACACUCGGCCCGCUGCAAUUCGGUUUCCAUCUGGCCGAGCUCAACGCGCCUCAGGAUGUCAUUACCUGCAAGAAAAAGUCCAUCUCAUCUGUCCUGAGACUGGCUGCACGCCUCUUCGUCACUUCCGGUCGCAAGGAUGACGCCACCAGCUGGGUGCCCGAGUGCAUCCCCAUGAACGAGGCCGCCUUUGCGUUUGUGUCGUCGGCUUUCACCGUGGGCGGUCUCCUCGGCGCCCUAAGCUCUGGUGAUUUUGCAUCCAAGCGCGGCCGCCUGCCUGCCAUGCGCCUGACCGCUCUGCUCUUCGCCUUGGGCUCCUUGGUCGAGACCGUCUCCGGGAGCGUGGCCAUUUUUUCUCUUGGCCGCUUUCUGGCCGGCAUCGGCGCCGGCGGUGCGACCGUGAUUGUCCCUCUGUACAUUAGUGAGAUUGCACCUCCUGACCAGAGAGGUCUCUUUGGCGUCAUGACACAAGUUUCCAUCAAUAUUGGUAUCCUAGCGGCCCAGGUCUUGGGAUACUUCCUCAGCCAUGGGGCUGCGUGGAGAGUAAUUCUUGGCGCUGCCGUCUGCAUCGGUGUGGUGCAAGCAAUCGGACUGCUCGCUGUUCCCGAGAGCCCCGCCUGGGUCGCUGCUCAUGGCGAUGUUUCUCGCGCCAAGAGAAUUUUGCAAAAGAUUCGCGGCCACAAGGUCGACAUUGAGGAAGAGACGGGCGCCUGGGGAGCUGGUGAUUCUGGCGGAGAGGCACAAGGCCUGCUCUCUCAGUCGGAAGAAGGGCUGACUUCUGUUGCUGGGGAUGCUUCUUCGCCGAAACAUCUGGGGUUCUUGCAGGUAGUCAAGGAUCCUUCCUACCGGCCAGCGAUCGUCGCCGUGGUCGGAGCGAUGUUUGUGCAACAGUUUUGUGGCAUCAACUCGAUCAUCAUGUACUCCGUCUCACUUCUGCAAGAUCUUCUUCCCAUUUCAUCGGUUCUCCUCACAAUCUUGGUAUCUGUCGUGAACCUGGUGAUGACUGUCGGCUGCUCACCGUUGCCCGACCGCAUUGGGCGCAAGACUUGCCUGAUGAUUUCCGUGAUUGGGCAAGGAUGCAGUUCUUUUGCGCUGGCCCUGUCUAUCGUCGCUGGCUUUCAGAUCCUGUCUGCAUGUGCAGUUGUCUUUUUUGUUGCCUUUUUCGCCGUUGGGUUGGGCCCUGUACCUUUUAUUCUCGCUUCGGAGCUGGUUGGCCAGGAGGCAGUCGGUGCCGCGCAGAGCUGGGCUCUCGCUGGAGCGUAUGUUUCAACAUUCAUCGUUGCUCAAUUUUUCCCGAUUCUUAACACUUCUCUCAACAAGGCCUUUGGUGGCCACGGUGGCUGGGUUUACUUUGUCUUUGCUGCGGUUGCUGCAGCCUCGGCGCUAUUUAUCACUUGGAAAAUUCCCGAGACCAAGGGUAAGAAGGACGUGGAUGAAGUAUGGGGCCGCACUCGGCGUCUGGACUAA